AUGGAAGGAGGAGGAGAAGUGAAAGUGAAGGAGGAAAAAUUACCUGCCGGGUAUCGAUUCCAUCCGACGGACGAGGAGCUCAUCACGUGCUACCUCGUCAACAAGAUUUCGGAUUCGAAUUUCACGGGACGAGCAAUUGGAGACGUCGAUCUCAACAAAUGCGAGCCCUGGGAUCUUCCAGGGAAGGCGAAGUCGGGAGAAAAGGAGUGGUACUUUUUCAGCCUGCGUGACCGGAAAUACCCGACGGGCGUGCGGACGAACCGGGCCACCAACAGCGGGUAUUGGAAGACGACGGGAAAAGACAAGGAGAUAUACGACAGCAAAACGUCCGAUUUGGUCGGGAUGAAGAAGACAUUGGUGUUUUACAAAGGACGAGCGCCGAGAGGAGAGAAAAGCAAUUGGGUCAUGCAUGAGUAUCGCAUUCACUCGAGAUCCGCCUUUCGAAACACCAAGCAAGACGAGUGGGUGGUGUGCCGCGUGUUCCAGAAGAGCGCGGGAGUCAAAAAAUACCCUUCAAACAGCCAGUCGUCAUCGAGGGCAGUCCUGAUGAGCCCCUACACAUCCUUGGCCCUCCCCCAAAACCCACUCCAAACACAAUACCAACCCCUAUUUCACCAUCAACCCUCGGACCUCAACAACUUAUUCGAAAUACAACAACUCAACAAGGCCAUAAUGGGCGACCUCCCGGCCCCACCUCAGAUCAACUUGUACAACGGAGGAGACAAUGGAAACGGGUGUUUCACAAUCUCGGGCCUCAACCUCAACCUCAGGGCCACCUCAGCUAAGCCGCUCGUGCAAGACAUGACUGUGCAGGCCAUGAAUGUGGUGGGCACUGAUCAUCAUAAUGCUGCUAAUAAUAGGUUUGUGGUUAUGGAUCAGUGUGCUGACCUGGAUGCUUACUGGCCUUCCAGUUCCUACAUGGGAAAUUAA